AUGGAGGAUCUUCUGCUUCAUCGCUCUGCAAACCAGGCUCCUCUAUCGCCUGUGAAUUUCCUCGAGCGAGCUGCUAAUGUUUAUGGAGAUAAGGUUUCCAUCGUUUAUGGCACCGUUAGCUUCUCCUGGAGAGAAACUCAUGAAAGAUGUCUCAGACUUGCUUCUGCUUUGUCCCAGCUGAGGAUUUCUCGCGGUGAUAUUGUUGCAGCUAUGGCGCCAAAUAUUCCAGCAUUAUAUGAGCUGCAUUUUGCGGUUCCAAUGGCUGGUGCGGUUCUCUCUGCACUUAACAUUAGGUUGGAUGCAGCUUCUUUAGCAGUAAUACUAGAAAAACUGGAUGCCAAAUUUAUUUUCCUCGAUUAUCAAUAUAUUGACGUUGUGCAAAAAGCGCUUGAAAUACUAUCACAAAAGAAGGCCAAGCAACCUUUGCUAGUGUUAAUCGAAGAAUAUGAUCAUGGAGCGACAACUCUAGUGGCAAAUGAGUUGGCCUCUGGUAGUAUAAAGUAUAAUGAUCUUCUUGGAAUGGGAGGGACUGAUUUUGAAAUAGUAAAACCAAAGAAUGAAGGUGAUCCAAUUUCAGUGAAUUUUACUUCCGGUUCGACUGGAGAACCUAAAGGAGUAUUGUACAGCCAUAGAGCUGCCUGUCUCAAUUCAUUAGCAUCAAUUAUGCGGUAUGACAUGACGAUUGCACCAGUUUUUUUAUGGACAUUGGACAUGUUUAGGUGCAAUGGAUGGUGUUGUACUUGGGUCAUGGCUGCUCUUGGCGGCACCAGCAUCUGCCUAAGAAAUGUCUCAGCAAAAGUCAUAUUCGAUUCCAUUUUUCUUCACAGUGUAACUCACUUGUGCGGUGCACCUGCCAUUUUGAACAUGAUUGCGGAUGCACCAGCCAGUGAACAAACGCCACUUUCCUGUAAGGUUCAUGUUAUCAUUGCCGGUGUAUUGUCAGUUUCCCAAGCGCUCAAGGUUGAAGGAUUAGGAUUUACUGUUAGCUAUGCGUAUGGAAUGACAGAGGUCCUUGGCCCUGCAAUUGUUAGGCCAUGGAGACCUGAAUGGAAUUCUUGUGAUCUAUCCAAUGAACAUAAAAAGUAUAAGUUUCGGGAAGGACUUGAUAACCUUGUGAUUGAACAGGUUGAUGUAAAAGAACCGGAUACGAUGAAAAGCGUACCACGUGAUGGAAAAACAAUUGGAGAGGUAAUGUUCAGAGGUAACACAUUGAUGUCAGGGUACCUUAAAAAUCCAAAAGCAACUCAAGAAGCAUUCAAGGAUGGAUGGUAUAGGACCAGGGACCUUGGGCUUAUCCAUCCAAAUUGUGUCAUACAACUGAAGGACCGGGCCAAGGAUAUUAUAGUUUCAGGGGGAGAGAUUAUAAGCACAUUGGAGGUGGAAGCAGUGUUGACAAGCCACCCCAAGGUCUUGGAGGCCGCAGUUGUUGGAAAGCAUGAUGAUUUUUUGAAAGAGAAGCCUUGUGCUUUUGUGAAAUUGAAGGAGGGGUAUGGCGCAAGUUCUGAAGAGAUUGUGAAAUUUUGUGAGGAACAAUUGCCAGAGUUUAUGGUUCCUCGAACUGUAGUUUUUGGGGAAUUACCAGUCAAUUCCACGGGCAAGGUGCAAAAAUUUACUCUCAGGGAGAAGGCUAAUGCCAUUCAUAGCAUCAUCAGUCUCAAAACUGGGUGCCAGAGAUCGUAAAAGG